GGGCGAGGAGGGGUGCCGCGGAGGAGAAGACAACCGCGAGUUUGUCCUCAGUCGGUGCAGCGAUCGCCACGCGUCUCGGUGCUCUCGCGAGUGCCCGAGAGUGCUGAGAAGCAGCGGGAGGAGAUCUCGCGGCCGCGGCUUUGGUUUCUGCUCGCUCCAGGGGGUAAGAUGAGCGGGGUGCGGUGGCACAGUUUAUGGGCCGGCUGCCUGCUCGUUUGCGCCGCCGUGCUCGCCUACCAAGGCGACAUCUCCGACCUGCCACCCGGCCCCUACUGCGGCCGCGUAAGUACCGGCUGCUGCGACGGCCGCACCGACACGUGCUCGGCGCCCAUCCUCGGCACCCUUUGCUACUGUGACCAGUUCUGCAACAGGACGUUAAACGACGACUGCUGUCCAGACUACUGGAGCGUCUGCCACGGCAUCGAAGAAAUUCGGAAGGAAUCAUGCAUAUUCAAUGGGGGAGAAUAUUUUUCUGGACAAUCUUCGAAGGUCAACUGCAAAUCAUGCACCUGCCAAAGAUCUUACACUGACCCCACUAAAUUUGAGAUGCCGUGUGAGCAAAUAGAGUGCCUUGUCGAGCCAGACACCAUCGACAGGGUCAACGGCCAGCGUGGUCUCACCUGGACCGCAGCCAACUACUCCUCUUUCUGGGGCCAUGCCCUUCACGAAGGAAAGCAGUUCAAGCUUGGCACCCUCGAGCCCCGCAGAACGGUCAAGGGCCUAAUACCAGUCAAGCGAGUGUACGACCCCAGCAAGCUGCCGCGCAUCUUUGACGCCCGCGUGAAAUGGCCGGAAGAAAUCUCGGGGGUGGUGGACCAGGGCUGGUGCGCCUCCUCGUGGGCCCUGAGCACCGUGCAGGUGGCAGGCGACCGACUCGGUAUCAUGUCCCUCGGCAGGGAGAUCGUCGACCUGUCGGCGCAACAGCUGCUCGAGUGCAACCGUAGAGGACAGCAGGGCUGCCAAGGUGGACACCUGGACAGGGCAUGGAUGCACAUCAGGAAAUACGGAGUAAUCGAGGAGAGAUGCUACCCCUACAUUGGGGACCACAAGCAGAAUAGCAAGUGCAAGAUCGGCAAGAACAUCCGCUCACUGGCUGCGUCCCGUUGCCCACCGCAGCACCAGAUCGAGCCCCCGAGGACCGAGACGUACCGCACAGGCCCGGCUUACAGGAUUCAAUCCGAACAGGACAUCAUGCACGAAAUCCACGAAUCCGGCCCCGUCCAGGCAACCAUGGGAGUGCACCACGAGUUCUUCAUGUACAGAAAUGGCGUGUACCAGGCCUCGAGGCAAGGUCAAAGAAUCGAAGGUUACCACAGCGUGAGACUUAUCGGCUGGGGCGAGGAACCCGCGCUCUUCGGACCUCCCAUCAAAUAUUGGCUGGCAAUGAACUCGUGGGGCACUGAAUGGGGCGAGGGCGGCCUCUUCCGCAUCAGGCGGGGCACCAACGAGUGUGAAAUCGAAGAUUACGUGCUGGCCGCGUGGGCGCAGACCACCAGUUCAGUCACUCCGAACACCUUCCCACCGCCGGCCAGACGCCGCAGGAACAAAUCGCACAAACGCUCGGCGCGCCUUCGACGACCACUACUUAAGAAAUAAACUAAACUGCGCUAACCUGCCAAUUGCUGUAUUUUAGCAAAACAGAAAACGUAAUAUAUAUUGUGCCAAUUAAAAUACCGUACCGAUCCAAAUCCUUUUCAAAUAUAUACAAGUCAAAGUGGCUGAAGAUUUUUCUCUGGAUCUCAGAUUGAAAGAUUCUGGUGAUCUUUUGCUGUAAAUCGUUUCCACUCUUAUGCUUUAACCUUAUCGCCCAUUUUUAAAUGGUACAUUUCACGAGGCAUCAAUUUUUUCUCCUGUCCCUGACGAGGGCGACUAAACUAUUUCAAGGAACACUGCCAAAUCUGAAGAAAUCAAGCAACGUUUUAACAUAGUUAUAGUCCUUUAGAAAAUUCUUUGUUGUACGUCCUGUAAAAAUAAGUGCUGAAAUGAGCUGUGACUCGUUCUGUUGUUGCAAAUAAGAAGUAGUCUUUAUAUUUACGCGACUAUGAUGUUUAUUUUUAAUUUUCUUUGUGUAUAAUGUUGGGAUGUUAACAUUAUAUUAUAAUCAUAAUUUUCAUAACAUUAUCUGUCGCACAACAUUAAUAUAUAAUGAGUAUCUUAUAUAAGAGUGUAUUAAUUGUAUUAAAUUAACGAAAAACUAACAAACAAGUAGAAUUAAAUAAGGCGCAAACUUUUGUCUGUCACCAAUUAUUGGAAGACGCUUUGCUAAUCAACAACAAGGCUCUCAUUAAAAGUAAUUUUCGCUCUCAUUA